AUGCACACGUCGUACUUUGGCCGUCGGUUGAACGAAUACUCAACUAUACCGAAUACGCUGUGCGGCUAUAACAUUACGUUCACCGGUCAUUCUUUAGGUGGAGCCAUAGCAGCAUUGACAGCCGCUCGAACUGCUAUGCAAGGACCUGAUGAAGCAGGCUAUAAGGAUAAGGUACUACAUAAUCGGACAGCCGAGAAGAGAAGACGCAUCCAGUUCAACCUGCUUGUAAUACCGGAGAAAAACUGUUUUCUAGAACAUAUACAAUAG